AUGCGUUCUGCGAAUAUAGAAGACCAGGGCGAGGAGAGGGGAUCAAAUCAAAGCAGCAGCCCAGAGCCACUAGCUAUGGUAGAAGGAUCAUUAGAGGGAUGUAUGGCAGUAUUCGGCUCCUUUCUUAUAUACUUUGCUACGUUUGGCGUCAUCAACAGUUUUGGGACCUUUCAAAGCUAUUAUGAAUCUGACUAUCUACACACUUCAUCAUCAACUGCCAUCGCUUUCAUCGGAACCCUUCAGAUCAGUCUGCUGUAUCUCAUCAGUCCGCUUAGCGGCGCUCUGUUCGAUUCAUAUCCCAUCAAGUACCUCUACCUCACCGGUGGCAUCGGUACCACCCUAUCACUCGUGGCUCUAUCAUUUACUAAACGGGAUCAAUUAUGGCAGCAACUACUGUCUCAAGGCCUACUUUUUGGCCUGACCGUGUCGUUUGGCGCCCAACCCGCCAUUGCCAUUGCUGGGCACUAUUUCAAAAAGCGACGCGCUCUGGCAAUGGGUAUUGUAGCCGCAGGAAGUAGCGUGGGAGGCGUGUGUUUGCCCAUAAUGCUCUCGAGGCUCUUCAAAAGUGUGGGAUUUGCAUGGGCCGUCCGUGUUCAAGCACUACUUGUGAUAGCUUGUUACGGGUUAGCAGUGCUUGUCACCCGAGCCCGAAAACCGUUGAAACCUCCCAAAAAAUGGAAGCAGCUGCUCGACUUUCGCGGCUUUAAAGACAGCCGGUUUUCGAUUCUUGCACUUGGAUCCCUUCUUUCUAACAUCGGACUUUAUUUUCCAUAUUAUUACAUAGAGAGUUAUGCAAUCAUCCAUGGCAUCUCCGACUCUAUUCACCCGUAUCUCCUCGCCUGUAUCAACGCGGCCAGCUUCUUUGGACGCAUUAUCGGUGGGCAACUCGGUGACCGUCUCGGCGUCAUAAAUAUGCUUUACCCAGCAACUCUAUCAUGUGUUAUCUUAGACUUGGCUAUGUGGCUUGUUGCAACCAAUGGCGGUACAAUCAUUGCAUUUGCCUGUAUCUACGGUUUCUUUUCUGGCGCAAUCAUAUCCAUAAUAUUCCCGGCCGUCGCCCAACUUUCACCGGCCGAGGAUCUAGGCGCAUACAUGGGGGCAUUUUCCACCGUACUAUCUGUUGGGACGUUAAUCGGCACUCCUGUUGGUGGUGCGUUUUUGAAUAACGAUAGCUCAAAAGAUGCAUACAAGCAUUUAAUUAUCUUUGGGGGUUGUAUCAUGUUCGCCGGGGCUGCAGUUACCUUUGUUGCGAGAACGAGAUGCAGUCGCAAUUUGCUAGCAAAAUUUUGA